CAAUACUCAAGUUUCCCAUACAAAUGGCAGCCGUGGACGAAUCUGCCGCUGCUGACGCUCCCGCUGCUGACGCUGCCUCGCCCGAGCUCUCUGCAGCAACACUACAAUUGCAGCCGUAUCUCGGCAAGUUCAUGCGGCUGACGAUGAGUGACGGCCGGAUUGUCACUGGGCGGUUUGUUGGCACCGAUCGCGAGCUCAACCUAGUGAUGAGCGAAGGCGAGGAGACGCAGCAGCUCCGCGUUGGAGGAGGAGACCAAGAGUUUACUCGCCCGAUCUAUCGGAAGGUCGGUCUUGUGAUUGCGCCGGGCAACCAUGUGACGAAGAUUGAGAUGGAACAAUUCUCAGACACUGAGAAUUCUGAGCAGUCUGAGCAGCCUUCCGACGAGACUCGCUCUGCUGCUGCUGCUGCUACUGCUGCCGAGCCGGUAGAUGCAAAGUCAGCGUAACAUUGCAAGAACACCAGCUCCCACUAAAUGCUCAAUCCAUCGUUAAUCCUAUCUUAGCACUCCUGUAUGGC